UGUAACAGUCCUAUAUGGAUUCCUCUGCUGUUCCCAAGACGUGAACCACUGGCUCUUAUCAACCUGAAAAAGAAAAAUGAAGAGACUGGAGAAGAAGAGCUUGCUUCUCGCCUAGAUCACUGCAAAGCAAAAGCUACCAGACACAUAUUCCUUAUCCGCCAUUCUCAGUACAACUUGGAUGGCCGGAUUGAUAAAGACAGAACUCUCACCGAACUGGGUCGUGAGCAGGCAGAGCUGACUGGGCGAAGGCUGGCAAGUUUGGGAUUGAAAUUUGAUACAAUUAUCCAUUCCUCUAUGACCAGAGCAACAGAAACCACUAACAUAAUCAGCAAACAUCUUCCAGGGGUAAAAAAAAUUAGCACUGAUCUGCUGAGAGAGGGAGCCCCUAUAGAACCAGACCCUCCAGUAUCUCACUGGAAACCAGAAGCUGUGCAGUAUUAUGAAGAUGGGGCUCGUAUUGAGGCUGCUUUCCGAAACUAUAUUCAUAGGGCUGAUGCAAAGCAGGAAGAGGACAGCUAUGAGAUUUUUGUUUGUCAUGCCAAUGUGAUCCGCUACAUAGUUUGCAGAGCAUUACAGUUCCCCCCAGAAGGCUGGCUUCGGAUGUCCCUUAAUAAUGGCAGUAUAACCCACUUGGUGAUCCGUCCUAGUGGAAGAGUGGCACUUAGAACUCUUGGAGACACAGGAUUCAUGCCUCCGGAUAAAAUCACACGCACCUGACUGUGCAGGUGAUGGCCAUCUUGGAGCUGCCUUUAGUCUUGCUGCCCUAAUAAAUCCAACUACAGUACCACUAAAUUGUAUUUGUAAAUCAGGGUAUGAUGCAGUUUUAAAGUUGUACUUUAACACCCUCUGCAUCCAUCACAGACUCAGUCUGCUUUUAAGUCCAGAAAAGAAGACCUUGCAUUGCUUCAGCAUUCUAUGGAUUUUAUUUUUCCCAUUUCAUAAAACCAAGUGUGACGACUCCCUGCUCUGAGACGUGGAACAGGAAAAGACUGAUAAAAGAAUCUUUAUGCUUUCAAAAGGUUCAACACAUCUGCCUGUAAAGUGAAAAUUUCUCUGCUGCCUUCAAAAUUUGCUCUAAGAGAUGGGAUUUUAUACUUUCCCUGUACUGGUGCACAAAACAGUACAGGCACAGCAGCAGGUGUCCUUUAUCACACUGCACUUGAUCUUAAAGAUAAGCAACUCUGGUAGAAAAGAGGAUUAGAUUUUCAGUUAGGUGAGGGAAUUUCUCUAUAUUGAGGUAAAUGGUUGAGGUUUGGUGAACGGAUUCCUGAGGUAAAUCGUUGAGGUUUGGUGAACGGAUUCCUAUGCUAUAGUGGGAUAUAAUAUAACUACUGGUGCUGUCCCUUAUUGAAAUUUAUGUCUUUAUCAAACAGCGGGCAUACUGAAAGGAGGACAGAAACAUAGAGCUGUGGUGUUAGAAAUAUUGGAGAGUGACUGCAUUGCUCUCUGCUUGGGAAGUUCAUUUCCCUAAUUCUGAAAAAUAAUCGUAGCAACUGUAUCUCACAAUGGCAGAAGUCUUUUAACUUUCCUUCUGGAGCAGGUACAAUGUUUAAUAACUUAUUCCAUAACCUAGUUUUGUAAUGCUAUUUUGCUCUUAGUCCUGAAUGGGGCUUGUAGAAGAGCAUUCUGAGGCAGUGAUAGACUUGUUGGUGAAGUAGUGCAAGUGCUUACUUAUGCAGGUAAAAUUUGUGACUGAGAAUAAACAGUUUAUCUACACUCACUUCCACAUCACCCAGACUUCUCCAAGUACCUUUGUCAUUGCUUAUUGAUGCUGUUAAUUCAUGUCUGCCUUGACACUCCAGUCACUAGUAGAAAGUUGGGGAAAAAAUUGUGGUGCUAUACUCAUUUUAUGGCAAAUUAAUAUGGUAGUUAAAGGUGAAAUAAGUUUUUGGGAAGUUUUUUGCUUUCUUCCAACAUCCAGUCAAAUUAGCACAAGGCUCAUGCUAAGUAACUAGAUAUUUAUUUUAACAGGAUUUGCACUAGAACAAGUUUGCCAAGUUAGUAUCUAGAAUUUGUCCAAAUUAUGUGAAGUUUUAAAUCAUGAAACUCAACACCUAGCAACAUAUGCAGUUGAAACUAAACUCUCUCCAGGCUGUUUAAUUCAGUUGUUAGAGAGAGCUGGCUUAGUUCAGUGAAACGGAUUACUAAAGAAUAUAACUUUGUAUAUGGGGGGGAAAAAAGGGGAAGGGAAUUGUCUUCAGCAAUCACUACAGGAAACUGGAAUAACUGUCAAAUUUUAAACAUUUGAAUAAAAAUGUGUGGUCUUUGUGUAGAAUUUAAAGUGUAUGUGGACUCAACUAGUCAUUCUUACUUUCUAACAAUAAAAGUAUUUCAGGUUUA